AUGGGCAGGAAGCAUCAUAGGAAGAGAAACUCAGGCAAAAAGAAGAAGAAAGAUAAAGAAAGACGGCAUAAAUCGAAGCAUAAGAAGUUCAAGAGAGAAGAGUCUGAAUCGGGCGAAGAAAGCUCAGAAGAGGAGGACGAUGAAAGCAGCUCAGAUACAGAAGGUGCAGCAACAGAAAAGUCUAAGCAGCAACAGCUAACGCCUCUUCCAGAAAAGGCAGAGAAGCCG